AUGAAUUUGACAUAUCCGUCGUACAUUAAUCUAACACGUCACCUACAGGCGGAGUAAAUCUAGACGAAUAGUUGAUAAAAAGUGGUUUUAAUAUCAUUCGCACUAAUUUUAGAGUAUUCUAAAGUCAUAUAUACAUAUUCGAAAACAUGGUUUUGAUAGCUGCGGCGGUGUGUACGAAGAAUGGCAAAGUGAUUAUAUCACGGCAAUUUGUGGAGAUGACUAAAGCGCGAAUCGAGGGAUUGCUUGCUGCAUUUCCGAAGCUGAUGACAUCCGGCAAACAGCAUACAUAUGUAGAAACGGAAUCAGUGCGGUAUGUUUAUCAACCAAUGGAAAAACUUUAUAUGCUUUUGAUCACAACAAAAGCAAGUAACAUUUUAGAAGAUUUGGAAACAUUGCGUUUAUUCUCCAAAGUGAUUCCCGAGUACUCUCAUAGUUUGGAUGAGAAAGAAAUUCUGGAAAACGCAUUCAAUUUGAUUUUCGCUUUCGAUGAAAUCGUUGCACUUGGUUAUCGUGAAAGCGUCAACUUAAAACAAAUCAAAACGUUUAUUGAAAUGGACUCCCAUGAGGAAAAGGUAUAUCAAGCAGUUCGCCAAACUCAAGAACGUGAAGCACAUCAGAAAAUGCGAGAAAAAGCUAAGGAGUUGCAGCGGCAGCGUCUAGAGGCAGCUAAACGUGGUGGUAGUUCUGCGUUAAUGGGACGAGGUGGGCACGGUAGUGGCAGCAGUAGUAUGGAUGCAUUUGGCAUUAGCUCCAGUUCAAUAAGCAGUGCUCCGUCGAUUGAGUCUGAUUUGAAACCAGCCGUUCCAAAAUCUCAGAAACCAGCUGCACGGAAUGCUUUGAAACUAGGUGGGAAAAAUAAAGAUGUCGAUAGUUUUGUUGACCAAUUGAAGAGUGAAGGAGAGAAAAUUUCAAAUUUGACACCGAUUAGCGGUCAAAGUAGUGUGGCUGUAGCCAAGACAAAAAUUGCUUCAGACGUUCACACUGAAAGUGUACACCUCAAGAUGGAAGAUAAGCUUACUGUGCGUCUUGGUCGCGAUGGAGGUCUCCAACAAUUUGAGCUCUCCGGUUUAUUGACGUUGCGUAUUUCCGAUGAAAAUUUCGGACGCAUCAAACUAAAAUUGCACAACAACGAUGCCCAUGGCAUACAAUUGCAAACACAUCCAAAUGUCGAUAAAGAGUUAUUUAAGGCGCGCUCAAUUAUCGGGUUGAAAAAUCCCGCUAAACCAUUCCCAUUAAAUACCGAUGUAGGUGUAUUGAAGUGGCGUUUCAUAACACAGGACGAAGCUGCUAUACCCCUGACAAUUAACUGCUGGCCAUCUGAAAAUGGCGAAGGCGGUUGCGACGUAAACAUUGAGUAUGAAUUAGAGGCACAACAUUUAGAAUUGCAGGAUGUGUCCAUCUCCAUACCACUGCCUAUGAAUGUGCAACCAUCUGUUGCCGAAUACGAUGGCACUUACAAUUAUGAUGCACGAAAGCACAUACUUCAAUGGAAUAUACCCAUUAUUGAUGCCAACAACAAAUCCGGUUCAAUGGAGUUUAGCUGCAAUUCGUCAAUUCCUGGUGACUUCUUUCCACUUCAAGUGUACUUCGUUUCGAAAACUCCUUACGCUGCUCUAAGUGCCACAGAUGUAUUCCUCAUUGAUGACGAAAGUUCAGUAAAAUAUUCAACUGAAAAUAUACUAUUUGUAGAAAAAUAUGAAAUUGUUUAAAAAUUGGAACGUUAAUCAAAUAAGUGUAGUAGUUGAAAUCAUCUACAUUUAUCACUCAAUUAAUGGAGAAAACUGCGUGAAACGUAUUUUUGCAAAUAACAUUCAUAAAUUAAUUAUAUAACCAGAACACUUAUAACCUGAUUUAUGUAUACUGUUAUUAUUUACUAGCCCACAUCGAUAGAAACAAUUAUGCUAUUAGUUAUUGGAAAAAGUAUGUAGAUGUUAUUGGGCUGGCCAUGCAUUUUCGUUGAUAAAUAGUGGCAGUAUAAUACAAAUUCCAAAUUUUUUUUAUCAAUCUUAUUUAUAAUUUAAAAAGUCAGUUUUGUUGCCUAAACACCACACAUGUUAAAUGCAUUAAUUGCAAUGAUUUAUAAUGCGGAUAUAAUCGUAAAUAAAUAAAUAUAUAUAUGUACUCUA